AUGGUCAACUCCUGUUGUGGCUCUGUCUGCUUUGAUCCGGGCUGUGGCCAAGAGACCUGCUGCCAACCCAGCUGCUGCAUUUCUAGUUGUUGCAGGCCCAGCUGCUGCCAGUCCGUAUGCUGCCAGCCCACCUGCUGCCGCCCCAGUUGCUGCCAGACCACCUGCUACAGGACCACCUGCUGCCGCCCCAGCUGCUGUGUGUCCAGCUGCUGCAGGCCCCAGUGCUGCCAGUCUGUGUGCUGCCAGCCCACCUGCUGCCGCCCGAGCUGCUGUGUGUCCAGCUGCUGCAGGCCCCAGUGCUGCCAGUCUGUGUGCUGCCAGCCCACCUGCUGCCGCCCCACCUGCUGCCUCCCCAGCCGCUGCAUUUCUAGUUGCUGCAGGCCUUCUUGCUGUAUCUCCAGUUGCUGCCACCCCACCUGCUGCCAGACCACCUGCUAUAGAACAACCUGCUGCCGCCCCAGCUGCUGUGGCAAGACCUGCUGCCAACCCAGCUGCUGCAUUUCUAGUUGUUGCAGGCCCAGCUGCUGCCAGUCUGUGUGCUGCCAGCCCACCUGCUGCCGCCCCAGCUGCUGUGUGUCCAGCUGCUGCCAGCCCCAGUGCUGCCAGCCCACCUGCUGCCGCCCCUGCUGCUGCCUGCGUCCAGUCUGUGGCCGGGUCUCCUGCCACACCACUUGCUAUGGCCCAACCUGCGUCAUCUCCACCUGCCCCCAGCCCCUGUGCUGUGCCUCCUCUUGCUGCUGA